UUUUUCUCCCAAAAGCAAAGUUUUUAUUACACUCUACCAUGUAAAGCAGGUAUAAACUUAUUUUGUUAGCUUUGUUAUAUAAAUUCAAAAUUUUAACAAUUUAGUGGUAUAAAGAAUGAAGGUAUUUUAAUUAAUACAAAAAUUGUGUUAAAAUCAAUUUUAGCACCCUCUCUAUAUCCGUGCUUUUGACUGGUUGGAGAGACUUUACUAGGUGUGAUUGUGUAGGUGGAGGUACGACAGGUGUAUGCACUGUAAUGUCCCUUGGUUAAAGUGGGCCCAGAGCUUGUUUGUGGCUUAAGCUCAAAGGAGUUAGAGUUGGGCCAGGAGAGAGCUCGGCAGAGAGGAGGAAUGCUCACUGCUCCUGCAGAGGGCCAAGUUCAGUUCCCAGCACUCACUUCGGGGCUCACAGCCCUGUAACUCCAGCUCCAGGGGGUAGGGGGCUCUGGCUGGUCAGGUCAUCUCCCACUCAUCUUGACCCAUUUGCAAACCUACCUGCCGCUGUCAUCAUGGAACAAGAGGAACUCUUGGGCAGAUGGUGAGGACAGCCAGGUGGAGUAACUUCAGAUCUUGUCAUCUGAUUUCCUUUUCAUUGCCUGUAGGAUUGCUAAACCAAAGCAGAGUUCCAAAGCCAGUACUGCUGAGUGUAGCCUUCCAGCAGUCCUAAGAUGUUACGUGUAAACAGCGAGUGAGUUUAUGUCCAGCCAGACUAGUACUCUGAUGUUAUACAGUGGAUCUUGUAUAGCUCACUUGGUAUGAGUGCUCUGUCUGCAUGUACACCUGCAUGCCAGAAGAGGGCAUUAGAUCACAUCAUAGAUGGUUGUGAGUCUCUGUGGUUGCUGGGAAUGGAACUUACUAGGACCUCUGGAAAAGCACCCAGUGCUCUUAACCUUUGAACCAUCUCUCCAGCCCAUAUAUUAACAUUUUAAAAACAUGAGCUUGGCCAUGGUGGCACAGGCCUUUAGUCCCAGCACUCGGGAAUCAAGGCUGGGCUGGAGUACAAAGCAAGUUCUAGGACAGCCAGGCUAAAUAAGGAGACCCUGAUUUUUAUUUUUUAAAUUUUACUUAUAUGAGUACACUGUAGCUGUCUUCAGACAACCCAGAAAAGAGCAUUGAAUCCCAUUUCAGAUGUUUGCGAGCCACCAUGUGGUUGCUGGGAAUUGAACUCAGGACCUCUGGAAGAGCAGUCAGUGCUCUUAACUGCUGAGCCAUCUCUCCAGCCCCAGGAACCCGUUUUAAGAAAAAGUAUUGGUAUAAGUAUAUGCAUGUUAGCACAGAGGCCAGUGAGAGGGCUCAGAUGCCCUGGAGCUGAAAUUAAAGCAGUCUUCAGCUACCACACAAACUCUGGUGUUUGUGGGUUUUGGGUUUUUUUGUUUGUUUGGUUUGGUUUUAAGAAGUGUUUUGCCUGCAUAUGUGUCUUAUGUAUGUACCAAGUAUCCGAGAUAGCCUGGAACUGAAGUUACAAAGACGGCUUUGAGGUGCUGGGAAUACAAAAGCAGACUGGCUCUUCACCAUCUCUACAGCUCCUGAGCUCUGGUCUCCUGUUUAAACUGCUGAGCUGUGUCACCAGUCCCCGUUUGAGAUUCUAAACAGUUGGGAGAUGGCUCAGCUAGUUAAAGCACCUUCUUGUUCUUUUCUUUUUUCCUAUUCAUUUCUUUAUUGGCAUUGCAUCCCAAUGGCAAACACUUUGAAUGUGAGCCUGACCACCUGCAUCCCAGAUAAGGAGCUGGAUGUUGUGUCUGUUAUUCCAGCACUCCAGAGGGACAUGAGAGGGACAUGGCGGUGGAGACAGAAUCUGCAGCAAGCUUAACAUUCAAGUGGGAUGCUAACCUGCAAAACCCCUCAACAAGGGCUGGAGAGAUGGCUCUGCGGUUAAGAGCACAAACUGUUCUUUCAAAGGUCCUAAGUUCAAAUCCCAGCAACCACAUGGUGGCUCACAACCAUCCAUAAUGAGAUCUGAUGCCCUCUUCUGUUGUGUCUGAAGACAGCUACAGUGUACUUACAUAUAAUAAAUAAAUAAAUUUACUUAAAAAAAAAAAACCUCAACAAGGAAGGGAACACCCCUCAAACAAAGAUGUCCCCUUAUUUCCACACUAUUCAUAUGUGUAUCAACAUUCAGCUAAAUACUUAUAUAUCACCUGAAGUGUCCUCAGACUUUUCUAGAAUACCCUGAGGUCAUUGUUGCCCCUGCAGAGUGGUCUGGACUGGGUUCUGAGCUUAGAGUGUGUCGGGACUAUGCACUGUCUGUCCUGCUAUGUAGGCCCGGAGUACAGGGAGUCAGGCAGUUGUCCUUGGCAACUGAGUAGUCUUGAGGGACAAAAGAGAAAUGUGCAAAUGAGACCACUAAAAGAGAUUUAAGAGAAAAGUUGAGGUUCGCAGGAGAUGAGGUUCCCAGUCGUUGAAGCGACUGACAGCGUCCACUGGUACAUGGAUGGGCUCAAAACCUAUAGAAAAGGCAGAGAAGUGGGGUCUGGCUGUUUAAGGGACAGGGAGGGCUAAGUUAUCUACACCUAGUUCAGAGCCUAAUGUUACAAAGGAGGGAAAUGACUAACAGGAAUUUAGAUCUUGCCUUGAGCCACCUAAACUGGUAAAAACCUGUCCUUUCUCUGUAGCUGGUGGGCAAGACCAGAGGCCAGCGCUGUCCAUGGUAACUAGUUUUUAUGACUGAAAGCUUACAUUCGUUUCAUCCUUUCAUCUUGUUUCCAAACCAAAUCCGAGAGGGCCGGUAUCCCGGUUUGAUUCCUGGUACGGAUGGAGUCGAAGUAACCUGGGUCACCGUCAAGGCGUGCUGGUCAGCAAGUGAUAGGCUCUAGGGCCGGGUCUUCCCGCCAGACCCUUGGUCUGGCUCCCGCCCCUCCGCUCAGGAAGCUCCUCCUCCAGAGGGCUGACGAACCGCCACUUCUACAGCAUCCAAUCAGAUGUAGUUGGAGGCGGGACAAGUUGCCGCUGAUGGCUAAUCAGGUUUGUUAAGGAGGGGCUGCAGGGCCGCUCCGGGGGAGCAGCCCCUCGGCGCGCUCUGCCCUCGGGGUCGCAGCGCCCGGCACUCUCCGCUUCUGCUGAGGCCCAGGAACCCGGCUGGGGCAGCGGCUGGAGCCGUGGGACGGCGCCUGGAGGUUGAACCAUUGACUAGCCUUACCACCUGCCCUGCCAGCACUGAAAUCGGACCAGCGCCUUCAGACCCCAUCCGUCGGGCUUUGUCAUCUGUACCGUCUCACCUGUUCACCUCAACUCUGCCCGCUCAGUAGUCUACCACCCGCCGUCAUUCAACCAUCACAAUUCAACCUAGGCCCUCCUCCUCAUCUCUCUGGGGUCUCCUCCCUGGCACCCUGAAUGUCCCCUACACCUGCCUGGCUCAGCCCCAGGCCUCUCUGUCGUUGCUCCUUUGUUGUCUCUACAGCUGUGUCCUGGUUGCCUUUACAGCUGUCCUUCGGCCUGUAUUCAUCCUUCCACCCCAUCAAUACCAAACCCCAGCCCACACUCCCUCUGCUUCGGACCAGAGACUCUCUCCUCUGCCAGCUCUGCUCUGGCCGUCUAGCCCUCCCCCUCCUCCGCAGCCCGGCCAUCCUGCGGCUCUUUCUGCUGCUCUGGUCUCCUCCCGCCUUCUACAGCCCAGCUAACUGCUCUGUCCUCCGGGGCCCUCGCCUGCUCUCUCUCCUUGCCCUCAGCACACUCUCCUACUUUUCUUCCCCCAGCAGGUUCCCAGGGAGUCAUGGAGCUAAACACCAAGAAGAAGCUUCACGCCCUGUCCCUGGCUGAGAAAAUCCAGGUACUGGAACUCUUGGAUGAGUCCAAGAUGUCCCAGUCAGAGGUGGCCCGGCGCUUCCAGGUCUCGCAGCCCCAGAUCUCACGUAUCUGUAAGAAUAAGGAGAAGCUGUUGGCAGACUGGUGCAGCGGCACAGCCAACCAUGAGCGGAAGCGGAAGCGUGAAUCCAAAUACAGUGGAAUCGAUGAGGCUCUGCUCUGCUGGUACCACAUUGCCCGAGCCAAGGCCUGGGAUGUAACUGGGCCCAUGUUGCUCCACAAGGCCAAGGAACUAGCAGAUAUCAUGGGCCAGGAUUUUGUGCCCAGCAUUGGCUGGCUGGUCCGCUGGAAACGCCGAAACAAUGUGGGCUUUGGAGCUCGCCAAGUCCUUGUCCCUGUGUUCCCUUCUGAACCUCCUCCUGCAGUUCUGCCAUCUCAGGCCCAGCCACCUCUCUCUCUUAAAGACUUCUCACCAGAAGAUGUUUUUGGCUGUGCUGAAGUACCCUUGUCGUAUCGAGCCGUGCCUGGCAGAGUGUUUGAAUGUGAUCGGUUGCAAGUACUGCUGUGUGCCAACAGCAGAGGCACAGAAAAGCGGAGGGUCUUUGUGGGUGGGCUCCAGCCUGCCCCAAGAUGUUUCUUUGGAGUCAACAGUGAGGCACUGCCUGCCUCUUAUCACCCUGACCUAGCCAUUCCCUGGCCAGAGUGGCUGGCACAGUUUGACCAGGACAUGGGACAGCAGGGCCGACAGGUAGCCUUGCUGCUGGCUUCUGGAGUGGUAGAGGAAUGGGCCAGCUUUCCUGGGCUCCACCAUGUGCGACUCCUGCCUCUCUCUGCCUCAAGCACCACUCCUUCCCUGCCUGGCUCUGUGGUUUUGGCCUUUAAGGCCCAUUACCGUCACCGUCUGCUGAGCAAACUGGCUGCCAUGCAGAGUGGGAAAGAGGGCACCUCACUGGCCGAGGCCAGAGCCAGCAUCACAGUUUUGGAUGCUCUGCAUAUGGUGGCCGCAGCUUGGGCCAAGGUACCUCGCCAGCUCAUUUUGAGCAGCUUCAUUCAAGAAGGGCUCGCUCCAGGCAAAACACCACUGUCUCUAGACAAAGACACUGAGAUGUCACCAGUCCCUAGUGGGCUGAGCCAAGAGGAGUUUUCUCACUUUGUGGACCUAGAGGAUGAGGAUCCAGGGCCCAGAGUGUGCAAAGAGGAGACCGGAACUGAAGACAGUGGGAGGGAAGAAGGUGGCUUUGAGCCCCUGCCCACCAAAGCCGAUGCCCUGCGGGCACUGUGCACCUUGAGAAGGUGGCUUGAAUGCAACAGCACCUCUCCAGAACUCUUUGAGAAAUUCUAUGACUGUGAGGUGGAGGUGGAGCAGCUCUGCUGUCUAUGAGGAGGCAUGGCUGCCAGUAAUCUCCCUCUCCUGUUUCCCAUGGAAACGCCUCUCCAGAGGCAGACUGGUUCUUUCCUGUGGAAAUAGUAUGUGGAGGGUGUAGACGGGAAGGAAAUUGGAACGCAGAGUCUAAGGGCAGAGUAAAAGUUGUUCAAGCCUAGUGUUUCUACCGAUGGCGCCUCAAGAGUGGGAAUCUGGGCUAUGUAGCUUCUAGGCCCUGGUGAAACUUCUAGAGCUUUGUGGAGAGUUAGUCUAAAUAGGGUAGAACCUAGAAAGGCGGGUUCCUAACAGUGGCCCCAUUCCUUGACCAAUUCAAGACCAAUUCUGCUUCAGGAAAUAAAGUUUUUAACCACAAA